AUGGGUUAUUGCAUCGCUCAUAAGAACGAAAAAUCACGAAAGCGAGAAGCGUUCGCCCUGCUUCACCAGUUGUGGGGAGAUAUCACGCCUCGACUUUACUACGCACGACCUUCUGAAAAAGAGAAAGAGAUCUUGGAGCAUUUUCUCCAAUGUAGCACAUCGUCCGGAGUCCAUGAGUCACUAGGUGCAUUCAAACGAAUACCACAAACCUUCCAGGAGGCGACAGGCCUGCUGCUUCACAUCUACCAGUGCAAAAAACGAGAAUUUGAAUUCAGCAUUCAAUCGUUGACCAACAAAAGCGUCCCGAAAGCGACUGUUUCUCCCACUGUUCCCAAUCGCGCGCAGUCGACUCUCCCAGACAUCACGUCUCCGCCUCCCUCCACGCCACUCCCCGAAGUCACGGUCCUUCCAGAGCUGAAUAGUCGAACGGAGGUGAAGUUCUUGGGCGGAAAGAAGCUCAUUCUCAUCAUCGAUCUGGACAUGACCUUGGUCCACGCGAUCCACGAAGAAGAAAGCAUCGGUCUGUUUCUGAACUGGCUCCACGGAGCCUCCGAAUCCAACGAGGAGGAUGAAUGGAAGAAAACGCUCAAGGACCAGGUCCAUUCCAUCGAGUUGUUCUACGUGGACGACAAUGGAAGCGCUCGCAUGUCGAAGCUGCUCAUCAAAAUCCGGCCGGGCGUUCGCGCAAUGCUUCAAAUGCUCGCGAACUCCUACGAGAUGAUCGUGUACACGCAGGGAGAGAAUCAAUACGCCGAGAAAGUCAUGCAGAUCGUCGACCCCGAUAACACAUUAUUCAAAAAGCGGUUUAUCGCGCGCGGAGAAACCCGAAAUGAGCCGCAGAAGAAGCUUCUCUCGAAGAUCGUGGAUUGCUGGAACCAAUACGUGCGAAAGCAGAACGUCUACGACCCCGCCAAUCCCACGCCCGAGUCGCUUCCGGAACUGACAUUAGAGGAGAUGUGUCGACGCCUCUUGAUUCUGGACGACAAAGACGAAGUGUGGGGAAUGCACGAAGAAAGCGGAAUGAUUCUGAACCCCACGAGCAGUCUCAUCAAAUGCUUCCCGUACGUCUUCUUCGACACCAAAUCCGAUCUGUACAACUUCGAGAAGCUUUCCGCGUAUGAAGGCGUCGAGCAGCAAUACAUUCUCCGUCUCAGCGAGAUCUUCCGCGACAUUCACCAGACCUUCACGCUCGAGAACGCGGAGGACGUCCGCAAGACGCUCCGCGAGCGGAAGCACAGCGUGUUCCACGGCCUCCACAUGGCGUUUACGAGCAUCAUGGAGAUCACGGAGAAGGUGGAAACCAACGUUCUCUACCGGUCUCUCGUCGAUUUCGGCGGGGUCUACAUGUCCGAAGUCACCGAGGAGUGCGAUCUGCUGAUCUGCCGCACCCUGCGAACCGCGAAAGUGAACAAGGCGCAGCUGCUGCGGAUCCCCGUGGUAUCGGUGCGAUGGCUCGAGGAGUGCGUGAAGUUCUGGAAACUGGCUCCGCUGGACCUGUUUUAUAUGGAUUUCGCGCAGGACGACGAGCAGAGGCCGCUGUUCGGAAAGGUGGCGAUCGACGGAUACCACAAUGCGAUGAAGCUGCAGGCGGAUACGCGCUUGUUUACGGUGACGGAGCCGCCGCGAUCGUUUUUGGGGACGGAGAAUACGAAGCGAGCGGCGGUGCUGAUGGAGGAUUUCGACGAUGUGGUGCUGAAAGAUAUCGAGUUUAUGGACAAACGAGUGAAUGAAUCGCCAAUGACGCGCAGCUCGCCGGCAGUGAAGCAGUUCUCUCCUUUAGUAAAUGUAUCAUUAUAA